AAUAAGCGAUCAUUUCAGCUGUGAGGAAACUAACAACAUGGAAACUGGCUUCACAGGCAAAGAUGUUUAUGAGGAGGAAUUUGAUCCUUGGAGUUAUUUAGAUACAUAUUAUAACCCAAUAUCAGGCCUUGCGAAGAAGGAUGGUUAUAUGGAUUUUGCUUUGAAAAAAUUUCAUGAGACAUUUAUCAAACGUGGAGUGAAGGGGGAAACACUUAUUGACAUUGGCCAUGGACCAACAAUUUAUCAGGACCUUUCUGCAUGUGAAUCAUUUGAAGAGAUCAUUGGUGCUGACUACACUGACCGUAACCGCGAGUACUAUGAAAAAACUGUGAGAAAUGAACCAGGAAUAUUUGACUGGACAAGUGUUAUACAAGCAGUCUGUGACCUGGAGGGAAAGGGUACAACAGUGGAAGAGAAGAAAGAAAAACUGAAAAAGACAGUGAAAAAAACUAUCAAAUGUGAUGUAACUAAAAGCAAUCCUGUGGCACCUCUGGUGUUGCCCAAAGCUGACUGUGUAAUGGCUAUGUUGUGCUUGACAGCUGCCUGUAAAGAUCUGGAUAGUUAUUGUAAUGCUCUGAAUAACAUUUCAUCUUUGCUAAAAGUGGGGGGGUAUUUAAUUAUUGCCGAGGUUCUUAACUGUACCACUUACUUGUUAGGAGGCAAAAGGUUUUCUUGCUUAUCCUUAAAUGAGGAAUUUAUGAGAAGUGCUAUAACCAAUACCGGUUAUGCUAUAAUAGACCUGGAGGUUUUUCCCAGAAAGUAUUAUAAUGACCAGGACAAUAUCAGCGACUAUGACUCAAUCAUAUUUGUUCUUGCACGCAAACUGAGGGAUAUUUAGGUUGGAGAGGACAGUAUAGUAUACAGUAUAUAACUGCUUAUGUCUAUUCUCUACCAAGGCUGAUUUUUUUACACCUUCAGUCAUAAAAAAUUCUAAUACCUAUUCUGAACUCUAUUAACUUUCUCUUUGGGGCCAAUUUGAGCUGCUAAAACUAUGCAAGAGUUCCCUAACACUUGCAUAGUUUCUUCAUUCGAAUAUGGCUUCUUGCCCCCCUAAAUGUCUAUUUAAAAAAAUUAUGUUUCCUAUAAAUUUUAUUUUAUUCUAUAACACUGGUUAAAUUAAUAGGGCAAUAUAUACCUGUGUUCAACAUAAGCUUAAUAAAUGUGUUUUUCCUUUAA